UACAUCUAAUCUGUAUAUAUAUAGUAGUCAACGAUGAUUUGAAACAUGAGGCUCUCUGCAAUUUUCUUCUUCCGAAAGAAAAAAUGGAGGGACUGGAAGAAACGAUGAUUGUAGGAGACAAGAAGAAGAAGUGGACGGCGAGAGAGGAAGUGAAGAAGCAGACAUGGCUGUCUGGUCCGUUGAUCGGAGUGACUUUGCUUCAGUUCUGUCUCCAAAUCAUCUCCCUCAUGUUCGUCGGCCAUCUCGGCUCUCUCCUUCUCUCCUCCGCCUCCGUCGCCUCCUCCUUCGCCUCCGUCUCCGGCUUCACCCUCCUCAUGGGUAUGGCGAGUGCGUUAGAGACGCUAUGUGGCCAAUCAUAUGGAGCCAAAUUUUACGAUGAGUUAGGGAUACAGAUGCAAAGAGCGAUGAUUGUUCUUCUCAUACUCAGUGUUCCUCUCUCAUUCAUCUGGGCAAACACGACGCAGAUCCUCCUGUUCUUCCGACAAGACGAAUCCAUCGCUAACCACGCCGGUUCCUACGCCUUGUUCAUGAUCCCGAGCCUCUUCCCCUUCGGUCUUCUUCAGUGCCUCAACAGGUUCUUACAGGCUCAGAACAAUGUCAUCCCUCUACUGUUUUGCUCUGGAAUCACUACUCUCCUACACUUGAUUCUCUGUUGGGUCUUGGUGUUGAAAUCUGGUUUUGGGCUUAAGGGUGCUGCCAUGGCGAUUUCGGUUUCUUAUUGGGUGAAUGUCAUUCUCCUGUCUUGUUAUAUCAAGUUCUCGUCGUCUUGCUCUCGGACUUGGACAGGUUUCUCUGCGGAGGCGUUACACGACAUCCCUGCUUUCUUGAAGCUUGCUGUUCCUUCUGCACUUAUGGUCUGCUUGGAGUUGUGGUCAUUCGAGCUUCUGGUUCUUCUAUCGGGCCUUCUCCCUAACCCAGUGUUGGAAACUUCUGUUCUUUCCAUCUGUCUGAAUACCUCAAUGGCUGUCUGGAUGAUCCCGGUUGGACUCAGUGGUACCACGAGUCUUCCUUCAUUCCGAGCCCUGCAGCACAAGGGUAUCGAACGAAUUAGGAGCAGGAAAUCCCGAGAUGGCAAAGCAGGCAGUGCAUGUGGCCAUAACUAUAUUCAUUUCAGAGGGCAUCAUAGUCUCGUCGGUUUUGUUACUCAUACGAAACGUCUGGGGAUAUGCUUACAGCGACGAAACACAAGUCGUCGUUUAUGUUGCAAAGUUGAUGCCUUUCCUCGCCUUAUCCACUUUCCUCGACGGCUUCCAGUGCAUUCUCUCAGGAGUGGCCAGAGGAUGUGGAUGGCAGAAGAUUGGAGCGAUAGUGAAUCUUGGAUCAUAUUAUCUGGUCGGGCUUCCAUCUGGAUUGCUACUCGGAUUCUUCUUCCAUUUCGGCGGUCAGGGGCUUUGGUUGGGACUCAUAUGUGCUCUCAUCGCUCAAGUUCUGUGUCUCUGUCUGGUCACGAUACGCACCAAUUGGUACGAAGAGGCCAAGAAAGCUACAAACAGAGUUGGGUGUGCACUGACACAAGAAAGCUCUUGACAGUGAAUGAAUGAACCAAUCCUCUGUCCAAAGGAACAAAGCUUUGAUUUCGUUCUUCUUCCCAUAUAGAUAGAAGAUGGAUGAAUGCCAUUUAUCCACAUCUUUUUGUGUUUGGUUUGGUUCAAUGAAAUCUACAUUUUCAUGGAUACAAUUGCAUUCA